GAUCGCUUUCGACCCCGUCAGCGGAUAACCGGAGCGCCUCAGGCACGACCGCCUCAUCACAUCCCUGGCCGUUCGGCUCACCCUCAAUCACUGCUCCACCAUAGCCGCGACGCUGCUGCCAUCGGUUCCUGAUUCACCCUCGAGUUUGGAUUUCUCGGUGGGAUUCCACGCCAGCAUUUGUGGGCAUGGACACGCACCGCAGCCACCAACGAGUCUGCUGCGGAAGCGCGCAGCUCCCCCGAUCCAAGCUCCUGGACGUCGUGAUAGAGAAGGAUAACGAGGAUGGGGCCAGGAUCCAAGGCCCUCGGCUCGUGCCAAUGGGCGGCGCGUGCCUGCAAAGCACGUCUGGCCUUCUGAGGCACGAGCUGACCGCCUCCGGCGCGCGCGACUUCCCAAGCGAGUUCGAGCACGCGAUCUCCCACGCGACGCAGUCCGAGUGGGUCGACUGCGCGGGGUACCUCAUCUCGUCGCAUGCGACUGCCCCGCCUGUGUGCCCGCAGGUGACCGGAAGGCUCUCCAGCAUCCUGUCGCUGUACGCUCCGCUGGUGGUACCAGAGGGCUACUGCCGCCCCCAGGCGCUGGGCGAGGUCCUGUUCGAGCAGGCUGAGGUCAACGACGCGGACUUCUCGCACUACUGCACCUCCCUCCCUGAUGUCGACCGUGUCCAGGACGGCGCGGUCUGCGCGGCCACGUUGAACCCUGCCAGCAAGCUGGCGAGCGAGACUGCCAAGGCGGGCGGGGGCCUGCACCCCGACGUCACCACAGUGAUGUUCCGCCACAUCCCGCGCUGGUGCUCGGAGUGGCAGGUCAUGCGCGAGAUCGACGACGCCGGGUUCAUGGGCAUGUACGACUUCUUCUACCUCCCGCUGGGCACCCGAUCUAAGGCCAGCCUGGCGGCGCGCCAACCGCGGCUUUGCCUUCCUGAACUUCUGCUCCCCCGCCAUCGCGCAGGAGUUCUACGCCGUCUUCCACGGCAGCGAGCUCUGCAGCCACCCCGCGGGGCUCGCGGAGCACGCGCUCGCCGUGCUUCCCGCCGACCUCCAGGGCUUCGACCGCAACGCCGCCCACUACCUCUCCUCGCGCGCGCACAUGCGAGGCGCCGCUCCGGCGCAGAACCGGCCGCUCUUCUUCAAGGAGGCCUCAUUCGCCAGGCCCUGCCGCCGCACCUGGCGGGCCUCGCGCAGGAGGGCCCCGGCGCUGCUGCGCCGCCGGCCCGCGGCAGCGUGCCGCGGCAGACGGUGCGCUGGCAGGCGGCGCAGGCCACGGCUGCCCCGCCGCGCGCGAGGUUCUGCGCGUACUGCGGCAGCCCCAAAGAGGGAGACGGCAGCUUCUGCCCCAGGUGUGGCCAGCGCUGGCUGGCGUGAGGCCGUCCCAUCCAUCUGGGAGACCGUCCAUCUAGGAGACCGUACCUUAGAACGAUGUAUUGGAUCAGCUCGUUGCCUGCAGUAUCCGCACACUCGUCUACACAUAGGUUUGAGUAUUUGCAUGUCUAGAUACAACACGCUGGAACAUCCUGAGGAGACUGUUCGUCGAGAGGCGCGGGUGGCCGUCUCUAGCCAUGCGCUGGCGCCCAGAAGGCCCAAAUGUACUGACUCAAUCGACAAGUUUUUCCGAGCUCGUUUCAACACCAGUUUGGAGCGUGAGUUGCACAAUGCGCGCGGCAGGUUUUCGGAUAAAUUUCGGGCUGAGUAUUUGUCAUACAUGCACACCGUCGUGUAGCAAUAUCCAUGAGGCUUGAUAGGGUGUCUUUUUGAUUCUCACCCGUGCAUGUUUUUCCACACUGCGCGAUUCACGCCGUUCCCGCAAGCGGGACGAGACGUCUCAGGACGCUCGAUCGGACGGGCUGUUCUUUUCUGUUACUUCACGUCGCAGGUUUUUCAUCCCGCGGUCGUGAGUCUACCUACGCCUUUGACCUUGGACGUCACGAGAGUGAAAGACUCUCCCUAUCUCACCUGCCGACCGCUCUACUGGAGCUGGACACGGUUGCCAAUUGGGGGGCGAUUAUAUGGUGCCGGUGAGGGCCCUGAACAGCUUCGCACAGUGACGCGGAGGCGUCGAGGCAUCAGAUUUGAGCUCUUGCAGAGAAGCUGUUCGGGGAGUGCCCCUCCGAAGUAGAGCACCGAUCUUUCUCCGCCGUGCGGCACGGCUGGUCACGGCCGACCUAUCGAUGCCCAGAUUUUAACCUGGGGCCACGCUGGUGCUGACGAGAUGCUCUGCAAUUUUGCUCGUUUACGGCUUCCAGGUGGUACCGCGGAAGGCGUUUGGCAUCUGGCCCGCGGCGCCCGCCGAAGGUUCGGACACUCCGGCCAUCCGUCGGCAUCGCGGCCAGUCCCGUUCCCAGGACUGGUGUCUUGUCGGGAG